GGUGUCUUUCGUUAUGUACGAUUUUGAUUCAGAAAAUAAAUUUCAGAACUUGUAGCUGUUUUUAAAUAUUUUUGAUUAUGUAGUUAUUUUACCAUCGAAUAAUACUGAGUAAUAUUGUAGCAUUCCACACGUCGGCUAAUAAUGGUGCGUCGUUGAAAGGAAGUUCUUUCGAUGUGAGUGACAUGUAUUUCUGAUUUGAAAUGUUAAAGACAAAUAAUUUGUUGAGUGAAGUCUUAAGCCCAUAAGAAGGCCAUCUUAAGCAGAAUUAACUAACAGGAGAUUGCCCGUGGGUUUUAUUUUGCUGGGAAACUGUGUUUUUUGUGGGAAUUUGAAUGUUCGUGCCAAUGAUUGAGGCGUGCAGAAGACAAAAGAAAUCGAAACAUCCAGCAAAUUGAAGGCAGAUAAUUUGGGGAAAUGGAAAACACAAUGAGGCAGUGUGAAUCAUCUUAGCCUCCUCGCUGAACCUUUAUAUGUUCAAAAUCUGCUAUGAGUUUCUACCGAGCCCCUUUAUUCCCAGCAGUGGCUACAGUGGUGAAUUACAGUGCGCCAGCUGUCCCACUAAGCCAGCCAGUAGUUACGACAAUGCCUAUUCCAGCCGUCAUGGACAGAAAGCCUAUUGAAGUUGCAGCUCCUAGUUUCCCUGCCACUGAUCCUGUCACUAAAGCUGUUAUGGAUAAUAUUAUGGGCAAAUUGCCAACAAAAAAACAAGCUGGUCUGAAAUGUGAGAUCUGUGGCUUAGAGUUUUCUGGAAUGGUAGUCCUUGAGACGCACCUUGCGGGAGCCAAGCAUGCAAAAAAGGUAAAAUCGCAAGAAAUUUUGAAGCAGUUGCAAAGCAGUGGGCAGACAUUCACUCGUGAUGAAAAGACCAGGAUUUUGAGGUGUGAAGUCUGUGAUGUCGUUGUGAAUUCCUCACAGCAGCUGCAGACACAUUUGGCUGGCAAUAAACAUAAACAGAAGGUUCUUAAAAAAGGGAUAACAAAUGCUGGAAAUUCAUCCACAUUAAGUAACACUAGUAUAUCUUCAGCAGCUAAUAAUGGAGGUGGUGUUAGUUCUGAAGAAAACAAAGGUGCAGUACGAAAUGUGGAGUUCAAGAUUCCUCCUGGCGUGCAUAAACUUCCAGAUGGAACACGGUCGAAGGUGAACAAAUAUUACUGUGAUACUUGUAGUGUCUCCUUGAACUCCGAGAUACAGCUGGAGCAGCACCUAAGCUCUAGGAAGCACAAGGAUAGACUGGUGAAUGGCAAAGGUAAGCCAAGAUCAGCUCCAUACUGGAAGCGAGGACGGCCGAAUUUCAAUCCAUCAGGGAAACCAAAAGUUAACAGAAUGCAAUUACCCAUGCAAUAUUCACAGCCACUUAAUAGUAACAUUGUGAGUGGAACAUCCACAAUGAUCUGAAGAGCCACAGCGCUGUUUUAACAUGUUUUAUCCUCAUCUUGUUCAAAAAAUGUCAGUAUAGUGUCUUUAAAAAAGAUGUGUGACUGGUAUCAUUUGGAUUGUACAGGUAGUCAUUUUCAUAUUUGAAGAGUAAUUAUUCCGCAGAUGUAUAUUUUAAGGUAAUAGUUUUUAUUUUUCAUAAUGAUAUGUAAAUUGUAUUUAAUCUGAAUUGACUGAUUUUUAACUUUUGUUUCUGUGAAAAAAUAUAUUCAGAGUGUUUGGAAUUUUAAUGUUAAAAUAAGCAAGCAGCUUUUUGUACGAAUCUCAAGAGAGUAGUAUAAGCAUAAAUCAUUUUUCUGUUCUGAGUUUUCCUUUGAUGUAUCUUUAUUUUUUUCCUUAGUUGUUUCUAAACUGUCUGUUUCGAUUAUUUGUUUCCCAGGUCUUCUAUUUGCAGUCAUACUUCUGCUCAACAUAAAAUGUAUAAUGACCCUCAAACAGCACUAACUAUCUCUUCAUGUAAAGCUUACAUUUUUCCGUAUUGAUUCAAGUUUUUAGUGUGCAAGUAGGAGUCAUCUGUUCCGGAACAAGAAUGUUUUUAUUGUGCUGACAAGUAUGACAACAUUUUUCACUGAAAAUAACACAUUUGAUGCCACUAUUAAUUUCUGUAAGUUUAUUUAAGUUGCUCAUCAUUUUUUAAAAGAACCAAUAAUUCAUUCUGAAUGUUUUUAUUGCUAGAAGCAAUGAAUGUGUUUCAUCCCUGAGGUAUACUCCUGUACUAAGAAAUAAUUGUUUAUAUUUUGAAUACUUAGUGAAUUUUUGUUACUCAUGUUCAAGACAAGCUGUAUGUGCGUUUGUUCCUUUAGACUUAGAUAUUCAUGUUCAUGAACACAAAUAAGCUGUCAUUUUGCCCAUGUACAUUUGUCUGUCUCUGUGUUAAUGCUGUUGUUAUUGUUAUCAUCACUCCCUUGUAUGCUUGCAAGAGAUGCUUUUUUCUAACUUGUGAAGUGUCUGUGUUGUCACACAAACUUUUUGAAAGUGAUUUCAUUACUUGUAUAAUUAUUAUAAAAGUAUCGCUUCCCUUUGUUAUUCAUUUUGUUGUUUCCCCUUGUUUGUCAUGUAAAUGCUUCAAACUUUGUAUCAAAAACAAUCAUUUCUGUUGGAACUCUCAAUAAAUGUUCAUGAAUUUGAGUUUUGUUGUUAACAUGAUUGAUGUUACUCGAUUAGUUAGUGUACUGAGGAUAACCUAUUUUUAAUGGUUAAAAUCUCACAAAUUCGUCAAUAUGUGUUACUGUUAGUGUUUUCUGUUUUGAAUUACUCUAACUAAUUUCCUCUGAAGCUACUCUUGUGUGUCCAAUUGGAAAUAUUGUAAAGUUUAAAAUUUAUGUAUCUGAAAAAACAUGAGAUGAAUUUUUUUUGCACAAACCAGUAUGCAUUUGUACCAUACAUUUCUGCUUAUAUUAAUAUAUCUACAAAAUAGUGAAACAUUACGAGAACUAAAAGUUGCAGCACAACAAAAUGAACUUUAAAACUACUGUUAUAACAAAUUUUGUUCAAAACAACACAUUGUUGAUGUAUCAGUAUCGCAUUAUUUAACUUUUACGGUGUUGAGAAGAGAAUGGAAACAAAGAAAAGCUUGUCAACUUUGAUAACUAAUAACACUAUAAUAAACCAAUCUAACUGCUCAUGAAACUGUUAUUUAACUUGUAUUAAGUGUGUGUUAUGAAGAUAAACUGAACUCCCUGGGGCAUCUACACUUGAGAAGUUUUGCAGAUAGCAAUUAUUGUUUUUGUUUUUAGGCCACCUAAAUUUGUUAGUUGGUUAAAGCUCCUAUAUUAUAGUGAAACUGAAGUUUGAUUUCUCAGUUCGUUUACAUGUGUUGGUUUUACUUCUGUCUUAUUGUUUUCUGGUGGAGUAUAUUCAAGUUCCAAGCAAUAAUCUGAUAACAAUUUUUUAAAAAAAUUGUUUUGAUAUCUAUUAAAACUAAUUUUUUCCUCGUGUGUUAUUCGUGAUGUUGUGCACCAGCCAAAAAAUGUAGUGAACUUUGCCAUCUUAAUGGACAGAGAAACUGGAAUUCCUUUUGUUGAUAGCAAUAAAUACGUAUUUCAGUUACUGUAACUUUUUUAUGUUUAUUACUUUGUUUCUUGUGCUCUGAACUAUUUUGUUCUGGUAAGGAUGGUAGAAGCAGUCAUUCAGGGGUACAAGUUAUGAAGCUAAAUUAGCUUAAUAAAGGAAAUUUAUCACUGUUGAAUAAAUAAAUUUAAAAACUGAAUAACACUAGUAGUUAGGUAUUUGUAGACCAUGAAGUUUGUUACGGUAAGCUUCAUAAAGUGUUUAGCAUAGUGUGGAAAAGUCAGGAGAAACUAAUUGGAACCACACAGUAUUAGUUAUUUUUAAUACACAGUUGUACUGGUGUGAAAAUGUUUUUAGAGAGUGUUCUGGAAAAAAUUAAAUUUUAGAUGUUAAACUGUACACAGUUCACACAUAGCAACAAAUUACUUGUGUGUGGAUAAUGCCAGUUUCCUUUAGCACCAUUAAAUGUAGAAUAAUUGAAGAAGAGGGAGUAUUGUAUGAGAUGACAUUCUGUUAUUUGAUGGGUAAACUAAUAUUUGCAGACAUUUCAAUCAAUUUCCAACUUGCAUUUGUUCAGAUUUGUAGGGCGUAAUGACUAGAAGAUAAUUAAUUACCAUUUAAUCUUCAAAUAUUGUGGCUUGUUUAAGAUUUGGUUUAUUAUAGUUUUCCUUAAAUGUGAAUGGUCUUCAUUGAUAACUAAUCACAUGUGUCACUGACCACAUGAAAAUUUGCAAGGUAAUACAAAAUAAUAUAUUUGUAAUAUCAUAUAAGAUUUGGAAAGCACCUUAAACCCUUUUUAACAAAUUUAUUAUGUAAGUGAUAAAUACAAGAAACUGUUCAAAACCUAGUAACUUAUAUAGGGAAAAUUCAUUUGUAUGUUUGCAACUUUUUCAUCUGUUCUGCUGUGAAUGUAUAGACUAGUGUAAGUUCUAAGUUUGACUUUUCUUGCAACAGUGUGUUGUUAUCUUGAACGAAGCAUUCUGGUUGACAAAUUUCUUGGUUAUCUCUUUAUUUCUGUUUUCAGACUUUUGGAUUAUUAGAAGCAUUAGCAAAAAAAUGAGAAGAGUUGUUGAAUGUUACUGAAGAUAUGUGGUUAAUUAUGAUCACACAUAAAUAAUAAUUCAAAAUAUUUUAUUUUUUUCAGGUGUAACGAAGUUCUCAGAUAAAUGGUAGUGAUAUUACACCUUUAGUUGAAAAAAAAAAGAAAAAAAAACUGUUGAAAUUGUUUGCUGUAUUAACUUUUCCUGUUUCAUUAAAAAAAAUUAUACACUGAAGAGCACUGAAGCAGUGAACAAUGUAUGAUGGUUUGUGUGCAGUGCUGUUUAGAGCCAGUAUAGUGUCUGUGGAGUAAUUAGAAAAAUGAACAACAAGCUGGACACUUGGAGUAAUAGUUGGAAUCUGGAAUAGUGGUACGUUUAUUUCUGCAUUGUAUUUGUACUUUUCAUUGUAAGAACAAAACUGGAGAGUUUAAAUGUUGUAAGGAAAUGUCUUUUUCAUUGUGUGUGUGUAUUUUUUUAAAAAACCAGCAACAAUUUCAAACUGUCUAGCUGAUGCAGUGAUUAAAUCUAAGGAACUUAUUUUGCAGAUUAUUUAUAUCUGGAGUCAUUAUUCAGUUUUAAAUUCAAACAAGUUGUCUGGGCUAUGCUAAGAAUACAAAGAAAGUAAAUGACAGAUUUGAAUAAUAACAGUGCUUCCUUUCUUUGUAUUGUGAUUAAAUGUCCUAUGCAUUUCUCCCUGAACUAUAUUGUUGCAUUACAGACAGAUCGCUUAUAGGUUUCUAAAUAUUCUUUCUGCCAUUUUUGUAAUGUGACCUAACUGAUAGUGUAAUGUAAAUCCUUUUAUAACUCUGCAUACAUCAGCUUUUAGAUAAGUAGUUUCACUCUUAUUGAACUUUCAGUGUAUUUCAUAGUCUUCAUUUCAGAACAUUUUUUUCUGUUUUGAUUAACAGCACCAAAGAAAAAUAGGAUGUGAAAAUAGUCCACAGUUGUCAUCACAGUGAAGUAACUGUACAGUAUUAAUUUAUGGUUCUUUUACAUGACAAUAAAUAUUUUCAGGGCAUUUUAUAGCAUUAUAAUUUGUAUGUGAGUUGCUAGUGACUCUUUGUAUUGUCAACAAACACUCUUAGUGACAUACAUUAUACAUAAACUGGAAAACUUUUAAGAACUAAAUCUUUGUGGUACAACACUAGAUAUUCUAUGAGUACAUGACUUAGCUUGUGCUAAUGAUCGUGUUAGUUGUUACAGCUGUAAUAGGCAGUGCAUUUGUAGCAAUUGCUGGUGUAGUGGGAGUGGUUAUGAGGUGUUGCUUUGAGAGCUGUGGUUGAGUAAAACAUAAUAAAUUAUCUUCAUUAUACCUGACUAACAGAAUGCAACGUAAUUAAACAUGUAAACAUUUGUGCCUGUUAUGUUGUUCUUCUUACGACAUUUAACAUUAGUGCGGAAAUUUAACAGAAAUUCUCUCUUUUUCCUUUAAUUAUGAUUGAGCAAUGACAGGUGUGUUAAAGUAGUUACAUGUUAUUGUCCCUUACUUGGGUACAACUGUUAGCCACCUGUCUUCCUGUAGAAGUCAAUUACUGUAUUUAUUUUCCUAGUCUUCUGUGCAAAUUGCUAAUAUAAUGAUCAUGUUUUAUUCUUACAUCUUCUUCUGUAUUAAUAAGAAUCCCUUUCCUCAUCUGCAAAAAUAAACUAAUUUUUCUUUGAGGGGAAAGGAACACCUGAAGAAUGCCAGGUAACUCGGCUCAUAGAGGACAUCAUGAUGGGGAAAAAGACAACGUCUUUUUACACAUCAUUUUAACACAGUUUUGUAUCAUAAUUACUGUAAAAUUUAAACAACUGUACAUAAUAUUUAAAUGUACAUAAUUUUAAAUGAUUGUAAUAUUACUUUUUAAUUAUAAGAUAAACCAGACAUUGUAUAUCAGUAUUUUUCCAAGAAGCACAGCAUCUCUAUUAACUGUGUAUGUGUUUAAUAAGCACAAUUCAAAGUGUUUGCUGACACUAGUUGUGCAGUCAAUAAAAACCCUUGAAAUUGAAAGGUAUUAACUAAUGUUUUAUGUAUGUUGUGUCUUUGAAAAUUAUCUUUAUUCUGAGGAAUUAUUGAAGGUACAAAACAUAUUUCCAUGAUGAAAUUAAUCUUGCUGUUUAAUGUUGCUCAUUACUGAUACUGUACUGUUAGUAAUGUAAAGAACAUAUCAAGUAUUUAUAAUUUGUAUGAACUCUCCUCUCUAGUCUAUUGUCCCUUUGUACUAUGCCAUCUUCAUUUCAUCACAAUCUUCUGAAAUUGUAAUUUCAAUUCCCAUUCAGCCUAAAAACUGAGAAACAGCAGCUUAUGGAGACACCAUGUGUUACUGAAUCUGAUGAUUGGUUGUGCACUGAGGCUUCACGGUCGUCAGAUAUAGCUUUACGAUCAUUGUGAGAAAAUUUUCAGAAAAUUAAAGAUCUAAAAUUGUGUAUUUUGUUGUGAACUUCUAAGUAGUAAAAAUAAAACAAUAUCUAAAUUUGGGA